UCCUGUUUAACACGACAGACUCUGUCGAACGUAACCACUUCCGCCUCUAACCGGAAGUGCAGCACACGUGUAAACAGUGGAGAGAUUCACGUUGUGCGCUUGAUGUGAUAACAUGAGUUAACAUUUUGAAUUCUGAGAUCAUAUGCGGAGCGGAUUGAAAUAAACUGUAACCACAGAAAGAGCAAAGAUGGAGAAGAAAGAACAGAAGCGGCACCAGCAUAAGCAUAGUGGGCCCAAAGCACAGAAGAAGAACAGAAAGAAGGAGCAUGGCACUGAACAAGAACAGGAUGAGCGCAAGAGGAACCCACGAGCGUUCAGUGUUAAGUCAGCUGUUCGCAUGGCAAAAACCUUCCAUAGGACUCAGGAUAUUAAAACAAAGAAACAUCACAUUCCCCUGGUAGACCGGACCCCCCUGGAGCCCCCGCCUAUUGUUAUAGUGGUGAUGGGACCUCCAAAAGUGGGCAAAAGCACCCUCAUACGAUGCUUGAUCAAAAGCUUCACACGGCAAAAGCUUUCUGACAUCUGUGGACCUGUGACUAUAGUAUCUGGAAAGAAACGUCGCCUGACCUUCAUUGAGUGCAACAAUGACAUCAACACCAUGAUUGAUUUGGCAAAGGUUGCUGACUUGGUUCUGAUGCUGAUAGAUGCAAGUUUUGGCUUUGAAAUGGAGACCUUUGAGUUCCUGAAUAUUUGCCAAGUUCAUGGCUUCCCUCGGGUCAUGGGGGUCCUCACACAUUUGGACACUUUCAAGAACAACAAGACACUACGAAAAACAAAAAAACGCCUCAAACACAGAUUCUGGACUGAAGUUUUCCAGGGUGCCAAGCUCUUUUACCUGUCUGGAAUGGUGUAUGGAGAGUACCAGAUACAGGAAGUAAAGAACCUUGGGCGGUUCAUCUCAGUCAUGAAGUUCAGGCCUCUUGUCUGGCAGACUUCUCACCCCUAUGUGUUGGCUGACCGUAUGGAGGAUCUUACUGAUCCUGAGGCUAUAAGGUUAAAUCCCAAAUGUGACAGAACUGUCUCUCUGUACGGCUACCUGCGUGGGACAUUUUUGAAGAAUAAAUGUCAGGUCCACAUUCCUGGUGUGGGGGACUUCUCUGUGGCGGAUGUUAGCUUCCUGCCAGACCCAUGCCCUCUUCCAGAGGUGAUUAAGAAGAGAGCACUGAAUGUAAAGGAACGAUUAUUGUACGCCCCCAUGGCCGGCGUAGGUGGAUUGGUGUAUGAUAAGGAUGCAGUCUACAUCGAUAUGCCCUCUGGACAUGCCAAACAGCAGCAGGAGGAGGUGCGGCCCACCACUGAACUCGUUCAGUCUCUUAUUGGAACACAAGCCACUUUGGAUGCAAAAAUGGCUGCCAGCAAAGUGUCACUGUUCACAGGAACUGCUGCACUGACAACGGAGGAGGUGCAGGAAAAUGGGAAACAAAACCCUAUGGAAAGCCUUGAAUGGGAUGAAAAAGCACAGAGAGAGAGGAGGAGAGCUGUCUUUGCUGAUGAAGAUGAUGAUGAUGAUGAUGAUGAUGAUGAUGAUGGUGAUGAGGAGGAAGAGAGUGAAGAGGAGGAAGAGAGUGAUGAAGAGGAGGAUGAUGAAGAAGAAGAGGAUGAGGAAAAUGAACAGGGGGUGGCAACACUGAAAAAGCAAGAUAAGAAAUCAAUGGAGGCGGCAGGUCCUCCUGUGAAGAAACAGAAAGUUGAUGAGCUUGCAGAGAUGCCUGCAUUUGCUGAUAGUGAUGAUGAACUGGAAAAGAGUGAAGGAGAGGAAACUGAAGAAGAUGAAAGUGAAGAAGAUGAUGAUGAGGAUGAUGAGGAGAUGGAAAAAGGGGAGCCUGCAAAAAAAAGCUCAGGUCCAGACUCUGGUCUCUGCUCAGAGGAAGAUGAUGAGGAUGAGGAUGAAGAUGAAGAAGAUGGAGAUGAAAAUGUAAAAUCAAAGAUGUCCUCCAAGCAUCCAGAGGAAGAAGAGAUAGACACAGAGGAUGCAGAGAUGGGUUAUGAAACUGCAGGAGCACUACGGUGGAAGGAAGGUUUGGCCGAGAAAGCAACAGAGGCAUAUUUAAGACAACAGCGUGCAGCUCCAAACCUUCGCAAGCUAGUGUACGGCACAGUGGCAGAGGAGGAAGAGGAGGAUUCUAAUGAUGAAGAGCUGGGUGGUUUAUUUAAAGUCAGCCGACCAGAGAAGAGUAAGAAAAUACGAGGAGAUGCGAUGGACUGCUCUCGCUUUCAGCCAGACAGCAGCCAUGACUGGGAUCAGGUAGAGAUGCUAGCCUCUAUCAGGGACUGUUUUGUGACUGGAAAAUGGGAGGAGGAUAAAGAUGCUACAACACUGCUUAAGGAAGAUGAUGAACUCUACGGAGAUUUUGAAGAUUUGGAAACAGGAGAAGUUCACAAAGCAAAGGCUGGGAAUAAAGACCAAGCUGAGGGAGGGAAUGAUGAUGAAAAGAAUGAUGGCGAUGAUGAUGAUGAUGAUGAUGAUGAAGAAGAGGAGGCUCCCCAAGUGAAACUUGAUGAUGAUGAAGUUCAAAAGAACAAGCGUUUGGAAAAGAAGAGGCGGUUGAAGGAGAGGUUCAAUGCACAAUAUGAUGAUGGCGACGCCACAUACUUUGAUGACCUGAAGGAGGAGAUGCAGAAACAGGCUGAGCUGAACAGGCAAGAGUUCGAAGACAUGGAGGAUGAAGUUCGAGUUCAGUAUGAGGGCUUCAGGCCAGGCAUGUACGUGCGUGUUGAGAUCCCUGCUUUACCUUGUGAAUUCGUCACCAACUUUGACCCCCACUAUCCCAUCAUCCUUGGCGGUUUGGGAGCGAGUGAGGGCAAUGUAGGCUACUUGCAGAUGCGUCUGAAGAAACACCGCUGGCACAAUCGUAUCUUGAAAACCCGUGACCCUCUUAUCCUGUCUUUGGGCUGGAGGCGCUUUCAGACCAUCCCCCUCUACUACAUCGAGGACCAUAACGGGCGUCACCGCCUGCUCAAAUACACACCUGAACACAUGCACUGCGGUGCCACCAUCUGGGGACCUAUAACACCCCAGGGUACAGGCUUCCUGGCUGUGCAGACGGUUGGAGGUAUUAAGGCCAGUUUCCGCAUUGCUGCCACAGGAGUGGUUCUGGACCUGGACAAAUCUGUUACUAUUGUGAAGAAACUCAAACUGAUUGGAUACCCUUAUAAAAUCUUUAAGAACACCUGCUUUAUCCAGGGAAUGUUUAACACCGUCCUGGAGGUUGCGAAGUUUGAGGGCGCGUCCAUCCGCACAGUCAGUGGCAUUAAAGGGCAGAUAAAGAAAGCCUUGCGCACCCCGCCAGGCGCCUUAAGAGCCACGUUUGAGGACAGACUACUGAUGAGUGAUAUUGUGUUUCUGCGCUCCUGGUAUCCGGUCUCUGUUCCUCAGCUAUAUAAUCCAGUGACAUCUCUACUAAUGCCGGUUGGACAAAAGGACACAUGGGCAGGUAUGAGGACCCUUGGACAGCUUAAACACGAUCUGGGAAUCCGCAAUAAACCCAACCAGGACUCUCUGUACAAGCCGGUUGAGAGGCAAGUUCGACACUUCAACCCGCUCCACAUUCCCAAAGAGCUGCAGAAGGCCCUCCCCUUCAAGAGCAAACCCAAACAGAGGCAGAGCAAAGGCAAAACCCCACGGGACCUGCAGAGACCGGCUAUCAUACGAGAGCCCCAUGAGAAAAAGGUGGCAGCAUUGCUUGAAGCUCUGAGCUCAGUCUACGCAUACAAGAAUAAUAAGGCGAAAGCAGAACAGAAAGCCAAGCACAGUGAAUUCCUGAAGCAGAAAGAGAAACAGGAUGCAGAGAGGCUGAAAAGGUUGAAAGAGGAGAGAAAGAAGACCUUCCGUGCAAUGGGACAAAAAGAGAAGAAGAAACUCAAAUCCAGCCUGAAGGGAGCUUCCAAGGACAAUUGAGUCUACUUCAACUCGCACCUGAUUCUGUUAGACUGUGACUCCAGGCCCAUCGGAUCAGGGUCUGUUACGCUCUUAAUGAGACAGUUUGGAAUGCGACAUAAUUCGAUUCUCACACCAGCUGAUGUUUCUAAGCUGGUGUAAGAGUUGAGAUGAUGGCACUGCAUGAGACCUGAAUAUGGGUAUUGUUGAAGUCUAAAUGAUACAAUCUCACCAUAAACAAGAACAAUAGAACUGCCUGGUUUACUUUAAGUGAAUCUAAAAGGAUUUUCUAUAAAAAAGGUAACUCUUUACAAUAAGGUUCAAAUUUUAACAUUAGUUCAAACAUUAGGUAUAACUAACAGUGAACAUUUUUACAGCAUUUAUUAAUCUAGGUUAAUUCAUAAAUAUAUUUUUUAUUCUUGUUUAUUCAUAAUACAUUAACAGAAGUUAAUUUGUACAACUUUGUACAAAAUGUAUUAGUGUAUUUAUAAAUUAACUACAUCAGUAAAUGCUUUAAAAUUAUGGUUCAUUGUAAAUUCACAUUUGCUAUUGCAUUCACUAAUGUUAAUAAAUUGAAUCUUUUUUAAAAAGUGCUACCAAAAAGAUCCACAGUGCAUCAACAAGCCAUUUCUUACAGAUAUUUACCACAGUCACAUGAAACCGCUUAUAUUUGUUUUAUUAUACUUGUUUCCAAUAAAAAUUGAUGGGAAAAAAUGGUAAGGAAAUUA